CACGGUCAGCCUAGUUCACUCCGUCGCCGCCCCGCCCCUCGCCCUCUGGUCGGGGGCGGGGCGAAGAGCGGCGCAGGCGCCGUGACGUAUGCCAGGUCUUACUGCUUUGAAACGCCUGCCUGGGCCUGCAUCCAGACCCCGAACCCCGGACGCAUUCCUUCCAGCAGGAUCCGGGAGCUCCCUGUCUCCACCGGCACUGACUGGUACUUGCGGAUUCGGGCCUCCUGCAGGGAAAUUCACGUCUGCGGGGCUGUGGCUGUCGACUCUUCCUGCAGCGCCCGGCCUCAAAGUCGAGUUAAGUGCUCCUCUGUGCACAGCGGUUGGGUGGAAACAACCCCCUCACGGCGGUUUUAGAUCUUCCCCUGCAGAAGAUGCACUUUCUGUACUUCUCUAAGGCAGGAAGUCAUUAUGUGACUAACACAUUGUCAUCAGACUUCCUCUGAUUUACCCUGAAGUGUAUGUGAAAAUGAUGUGCAUUGCCAAAAAAUGUGGAAUUAGGUUCCAGCCUCCAGCUAUUAUCUUAAUCUAUGAGAAUGAAAUGAAGGGGAAAAGUCGCCAACGCAUCAUGCCAAUCCGAAACUUUUCAAAGUUUUCAGAUUGCAGCAGAGCUGCUGAACAGUUAAAGAAUAAUCCACGACACAAGAAUUACCUGGAACAAGUGUCCCUGAGGCAGCUAGAGAAGUUAUUCAGUUUUUUACGAGGUUAUUUGUGGGGGCAAAGUUUGGCAGAAACGAUGGAACAAAUUCAGCGGGAAACAACGAUUGAUCCUGAGGAAGACCUGAACAAACUAGAUGACAAGGAACUUGCCAAAAGAAAGAGCAUCAUGGAUGAACUUUUUGAGAAAAAUCAGAAGAAGAAGGAUGAUCCAAAUUUUGUUUAUGACCUCGAGGUUGAGUUCCCACAGGAUGAACAACUUCAGUCUUGUGGCUGGGACACAGAGUCAGCUGACGAGUUCUGAUACCAGAAACUCAAAGAAUUUAUGGGGCUAGUAGAAGAACCAUGUUUAUACAUUCUUUGUAUAAUUUUAUAAUACAAUAUUAUACACUUAUACAAUUAUACAAAGAAUGUAUAAACAUGGCUCUAGAAAAAUCUGUAAAGAGCACUAAACGUACAUGUUGGGUCAUGUUUGGAUUGACCAUGUUACUUUUCAAAACUGAGACUUUUAGAUUAUCUACUAUGUAGAUGCAUGAGGAAUAUAGGAGAAACAGAAUAUAGAAAUAUGCCUUUAAGGAGCUUACAAUCUAAUUGGAAGAUAAGUCAAAAACUUGUGAAAAGCUAAUUAACAGAAUUAGGCGCAAACAGAUUAGAGCCAAAUGCUUGAGAAAGGUUAGAGGGCCAGAGCCUAGGUUACCAUAGGGUAGAAUAGUCAGGAAAGACUGCCCUUUAGUGGAGAGAUGGGACUUUGCCUGCCCUUGAAAUGGUAGUAUUUGGAUAGAAGUUUAUAUAGAAUUCCAGAUGAGAGAAACUGGAAGAAAGAAAAAGAAGAGGAGGUUAAUGAUAAAGAGAUAGGGAUGAGAAUAUUUUAUUUGAGGAGCAGAAAGCAAAUUAUAGUUUGCUAAGAUUGGAGGGGAUAAAUGGUUAACAGGGGAUUAUUCCAGAGGCAUUAUGUCUUUAUGUAUAACCGUGGAGGAGAAGAGCAGCCCUGCAGGACGCCGGCUGCCACACGUUGAGGUCUUCUGAUGGAUGGCUGGGGAAUUCUGCCCCUCCAGGAUCAGGAAAUACAUUCUAAAGACAUUCUGAAAACCUGAAGCUCUUCCCGUAACUACAGAAGUUUGUUUGUAAUAUGGGAAAUCUACCCAUACUAAAAUGAACAAUAGGCAUUGCCAGUUUAGGCUUAUUUAUGAGUUUGGAUCUACAAAGAGAAGAUCUUUGUUGAACUAGGUUAUAUGUGUACAGUUACAUCUUUCUUCUUUUAGAAUAUUGUUUAACUGGCAGAUAUUCUAUGUUUCCUGCAAGGAAAUUAAUAUUAAAUAAAACUAAAAAAUUCA